GGUUUCGGUUUUUCCGGAGUUUGUAUCUCCAUCGAUGCCAAGCGAUUUGCCAAAAACCGUCAUUUACUAGUUUGCGCUACGAGGAUCAUAUGGCCGGCAUUCUCCAGCCAUAGGACUCCCCGAAACAUUCGCCCACGAACGCCGGCGCCCGGUUUUGCGCACGAGCCGCAUUUGCGCAUCCCGCGUCACCCCCCGUCCCAUGGCCUCCGCCGGGGACCCCCCGGCGUGCGCCGCCCCCGCCCCCGACGGCGAGGCGCGCGCGCUCCUCCGUCCGCCCCCCGAGGAAGAGGCCUCCUUCGAUCCGGCCGAGAAGAUCAUCGUCUCCAUCUCCGGGGCCGACUCGGACGCCGACGACGAGGACCGCUUCUCCGCCACCGGCCGCGUGCCGCCCUUCUCGUGGCGCAAGCUCUGGCUCUUCACGGGGCCCGGGUUCCUGAUGAGCAUCGCGUUCCUCGACCCGGGCAACAUCGAGGGCGAUCUCCAGGCUGGCGCCACCGCCGGCGACACGCUGCUCUGGCUGCUCCUCUGGGCCACGGCCAUGGGCCUGCUCGUGCAGCUGCUCGCCGCGCGCCUCGGGGUGGUCACCGGAAAGAAUCUGGCCGAGCUCUGCCGCGAUGAGUACCCGGAUUGGGUGCGCCGCGCGCUCUGGCUCAUGGCCGAGGUCUCCAUGGUAAGCGCCGACAUCCAGGAGGUCAUAGGGAGCGCCAUUGCCAUCAAGAUCCUCAGUCGCGGGUUCCUGCCGAUUUGGGCCGGCGUUGUCAUCACGGCUUUGGACUGCUUUAUUUUUCUUUCCCUUGAGAACUAUGGAAUGAGAAAAUUGGAGGCUUUAUUUGCAGUUCUUAUUGCAAUAAUGGCCUGGUCCUUCGCAUGGAUGUUUGUAGAAACCAAGCCCAGUGGGAAAGACCUAAUUAAUGGUAUUCUAUUUCCUAAGCUGAGCUCGAGAACACUAAGGCAAGCAGUUGGGAUUGUUGGAUGUGUUAUCACGCCCCACAACGUGUUCCUCCAUUCUGCUCUUGUCCAAUCAAGAAAAAUUGACCCGAACAAGGAAUACCAAGUCCGUGAAGCGUUGAGGUAUUAUAGCAUUGAAUCCACCAUGGCGUUGGUAGUGCCAUUCAUGAUAAAUUUAUUUGUCACAACAGUUUUUGCAAAAGGGUUCUAUGGCACAGAAGAAGCAGGCACUAUUGGGCUUGAAAAUGCUGGACAGUAUCUUCAGAAGAAGUUUGGGGGAGAUUAUUUCCCUAUCCUUUCUAUCUGGGGAGUUGGGCUGUUAGCCGCUGGUACAAGCAGUACCAUAACUGGAACUUAUGCCGGACAGUUUAUAAUGGAUGGAUUUCUGAAUUGGCAGUUGAAAAAAUGGAUCAGGGCAAUGAUCACUAGAAGCUUUGCAAUUUUGCCAACCAUAACGGUCGCUCUGUUCUUCAACACAUCUGAAUCUGCACUGGAUGUUCUGAAUGAGUGGCUCAAUGUGCUCCAGUCAGUUCAGAUCCCGUUUUCACUCAUACCACUGAUAACAUUGGUAUCCAAGGAGCAAGUCAUGGGAGUUUUUAAGAUAGGUCUAAGAACACAAAUCGUAACCUGGACAGUUGCAUCUUUACCGAUCAUAAUCAAUGGCUAUCUCUUGUUGGAUUUCUUCUCCUCGGAGAUACGAGGCCCGAUAUCUGGCAUGUGCCUCUGUGUGGCUGUGCUUGCUUAUGGCACAUUCCUAUUGUAUCUUAUCCUCCGGUUCACGGAGCGAUCUAACCAUGGUUUUACAGUAGUGAACAAGAACAGCCUAACAUGAAAAAGGGCAGGGUUAGCGGUAUAACCAGUUUUGUUCUACCAUAGCUUAAUUACAUACUGCAUAGAGGAUUCCAUGACAGAAAACACACACAGUGUACAGAGGAAAGAGGACGUUCAUCUGUUGAGAAGAAUUGUUACUACUUACUGUUGGGAAACAGAGUCUGCAGCUGGACGCAGACACGCAGUAGACGAUUAACAUGGUGUUGUAGUAUGUAUAUCUAGUAAUUCUGUAGUCUGUUCUGUGAAGUGAUAAACAGUGGAACAGAAACACGGGAAUGGAGUAAAGGUACUCUGUUUCUGUGGACAGACUGACCCCCAAGUAUGGAAACUAUACUAUAGUGACGAUGAUAUGCACCUGGAGAAGAGAAAAAGGUGUUUAGGUUCAGCAUAUGUUAGCAUUUCAGAUAACUCUUUUUGUCCAUAUGUGAUACGGAAGAUGCAUGCUUUUCUUCGUAGCAAAAAUGUAUAGAGGAUAAUGCUAUGUUGUA